AUGGCUGGUGACUCACUCGAAUUAGUCCUUUCUGAUGCUCAUGGUACAAAAAUUCAUGCAUCGUGUAAGAAGACUUACAUGGAUGAGUUGGCUACGAAAGUUCCUGUUGGAGAGUGGAUCAACAUUGAUAACUUCAGUUUGACGAAUGCUCCCCGUACAUUUCGAACAACCAAAAAUCCUUUGAAAAUGAAUUUCCUUCACAACACGGACAUCUCGGAGUCAACUCUCCGGAUUGAUGAUAAUUUUCUGGAUUUGGUUGAUUUUGAAACCAUACUAACUGAUUUAAUUGGACAGGUUUUGGACUUGGGUGAUCUUGAUACAGUUCAUUGUACUGGAGGAAAAGAAAGGAAAAAUGAUCUAAGGUUGCCUUGCUGCCUUUGGGGAACAUAUGCUGAGAAUGUUUACAAUGCUUGCCAAGAAGCUGAAGAUGGGUUUAUUGUAUGCCUUCUAAGAUUCGCUAAGAUUGGUCAUUUUAGAGGAGAAGUCCAAAUCUCAAAUGCUUAUGAUUCAAGUAAAAUCUUCAUCAAUCCAGACAUACAGGAAGCACAAGCAUUUAGAAAAAUGUGA